GCAGAGGCGCAGUGAGAGAGAGGGCAAGGGGUGGAGCAGAACAAUGGGAGCGGAGGAGCCCUUGCCCAGCAAAAACAAUGGGGACGAGGGGGUCAAGGUCAAUGCAAAGCUGGAGGCUGAGGCUCCUCUUGUCCUCGGUCUCCAACCGGCCGCCCUCGUCGACCACGUGGCCCGCGUUGAUUGGUCCUUGCUCAAUCAAAUCCCCGGCGAGCGCGGUGGCUCUAUUCCGGUUGCGAUUGAAGAGCUUGAGCACAUAUUGAGUGAGUUGAGAGCCCAUAUCCUUGCGUCCCCGGAUGAUCCAUUGCCCAUGAAGACGAUGGCGGGUGGCAGUGUGGCCAAUACCAUUCGGGGACUGAGUGCGGGCUUUGGAGUCUCCUGUGGAAUAAUUGGGGCCUGUGGGGAUAAUGAGCAAGGUCGGUCCUUUGUGAGCAACAUGAGCUCUUAUGGAGUGAACCUCUCGAGCUUGAGGAUGAAGAAGGGACCCACGGGACAGUGUGUUUGCUUGGUUGAUGCUUUGGGCAACCGUACCAUGCGGCCUUGUCUCUCCAAUGCUGUGAAGGUUCAGGCGGAUGACUUGACAAGAGAGGAUUUCAAGGGAUCCAAGUGGUUGUUGUUGAGAUAUGCAAAAUUCAAUUUAGAAGUUAUUCAAGCGGCUAUAAAGAUUGCCAAACAAGAGGGUCUUUUGGUGUCGAUGGAUUUGGCCAGUUUUGAGAUGGUUCGAAACUUUAAAUUACCUCUUCUACAGUUAUUGGAGUCAGGGGAUAUAGACCUCUGCUUUGCCAAUGAGGAUGAAGCAACAGAGCUUCUAAGGGGUGAUCAAAAUGCUGAUCCUGAAGUUGCACUUGAAUUUCUGGCUAAACACUGUCAAUGGGCUGUGGUGACAUUAGGCCCUAAUGGAUGCAUUGCAAAGCAUGGAAAAGAGGUUGUCCGAGUUCCAGCCAUUGGAGAAGCAAAGGCUAUUGAUGCCACUGGAGCAGGCGACCUAUUUGCAAGUGGAUUUUUAUAUGGAUUGGUAAAAGGACUGUCUCUGGAGGAAUGCUGCAAAGUUGGCUCAUGCAGUGGCGGAUCUGUUAUCCGCUCUCUUGGAGGCGAGGUGACCCCGGAUAAUUGGCAGUGGAUGUACAAGCAGAUGCAGAACAAGGGCCUCCCUGUGCCAGAUAUCCACAAAAUGAUCACUCCAUAAUCACACGGUGGCAUUUUGGGGCUGGCUUGACUAAUGCUUACAAGACUAUUUCUCCAUGAAAAUAGAAUCACUACAUCAAUUUAAAAUCAUAUUUUAAGGCUUUUAAUCUGUGGGGAAUGAGUGCUGUGCUGUGCCCAGGCAGUAAUCUUUCAACUACGUUUAUCAAUUUGGAUUGGAUACUUUUGCGCAUGUACGUAAUGGAUAUAUUUGGGGAUCCCCAAACUAACACCAAAAUUGAGACCCUGAUUAUAAACUCGCAAGGAAUUCUAAACAA